AUGACGCCAUUUUUUAAUGGAGAUUCAAACCUUACUGAUUUGGCUUGUUCGGCAGGCAAGAAACGAUUGUCCUUGAAGCUUGGAUGUUCUUUCUUUCUCUUUGGACUCAUAAACAAUGUACUCUACGUCAUCAUACUUUCGGCUGCACUCGACCUCGUCCCUCCGUCAACACCUAAGGGCAUCAUUGCCUUUUGUAAUAUCGCUCCGGCCUUAAUUGUGAAGCUCGGGUGGCCGUACUUUCUCAAAGGUCGCAUACGUUAUGCUCGACGCAUUGUCGCCUGCUGCACGUUAAGCUUUAUAGGCAUGCUGGUCGUUGCCUUCCAUGAAAGCCUGUAUUCGAGGCUGCUGGGAAUAUGUCUCGCGUCGUUUUCGUCGGGUCUGGGAGAAAUGACCUUCUUGCAACUUUCGACAACAUACAGCCGUUCGGUAGGAGGUCGAAGCGUUGGAUACUUCGCCUCAGGUACAGGAGCUGCAGGUAUUGUCGGAGCAUUCAUGUGGUGGGAACUCAGGGGCCUGGGUGUCAGUACUGGUGUUGGCAUUUCAGCGGUUCUUCCAUUCAUCCUUCCUCUGGCAUACUUUUUCCUGCUCCCCCGUCCAGCAGCAUUCAUGCAUCAGUCAUCCUCUACGUCAUACACGCUCGUCCCCGCUGACGACCUUGAGACUGAAAUUGAUGAUGAUUUGUCUGCUCAAGAUGACGUAGAAUCUCGUGUGGAACCCAAGGUUACCGUCCGCUUAUCAGCCGCGGAUAAAUGGCGUCUAGUCAAACCGAUGUUAUUGAAGUAUAUGCUUCCGCUAUGUAUCGCACCGACUUUAUUAUUUCCCGUUCCGUCACACGGCCUCCUCAGCAAGAUCAUUCAUUCUACCCGCGACUACUAUCCACUUUGGCAGCUAGUUUACCAGACCACGGUCUUUUUCUCUCGUUCAAGCAUAUCUCUGGGCUUGAAAACCCUUCCGGCCCAUCUCCUUCCUGCUCCGGCUAUUAUCCAGUUCGUAAUACUGCUUCUGCUAGUAUUUGAGUCCGCUGUCGGGCUACUUCCAGAAGAUCGUGAGGCAGGAAGUAUAUUCCUGGUUUUCAUACUCAUCAGUAUUGAAGGCGUAUGUGGCGGUUUGGCAUACGUCAACGUGUUCUAUUGUAUCAAUCAAGAGCAACCGGAUCCAGCCUCGACGCAUGAUCCCGAUGUCAUAAAGCAAGAGCGCGAGUUCAAGAUAGGUUCCAUUGGUUUUGCCGAUAGCUCUGGGAUUUUGUUGGCUUCAAUUCUCGCUGUACCAACGGAAAUGGAGCUUUGCAGAGCACAAGUUACAAGGGGGAAGUACCUAUGCCAAGGGCUUUAG